CGGCCCCGGCUCAGUUCAGCUGCUGCCCAGCCCCGGGUCGGCGCCCGCGCCGCCUCCCGCCGGUCUCCCGCCGCUCGCCCGUCAGUCUAAGCGCCCCCAGCCCUCCCGCGAGGGCGCCCCGGGACGGAAGGAGCCACCAGCCUGUCGGCGCCCGCAGCUCUCGUGGUCGCCGUCGCCGUCGUCGUGGUGGUAGUCUCCGCCGUCGCCUGGGCCAUGGCCAACUACAUCCACGUCCCGCCCGGCUCCCCGGAGGUGCCCAAGCUGGACGUCACGGUGCAGGAUCAAGAAGAGCAGCGCUGCCGGGAGGGGGCCCUGAGCCUCCUGCAACACCUGCGGCCGCACUGGGACCCCCAGGAGGUGACCCUGCAGCUUUUCACAGAUGGAAUCACAAAUAAACUUAUUGGCUGUUAUGUUGGUAAUGCAAUGGAGGAUGUAGUCCUGGUGCGAAUUUAUGGCAAUAAAACUGAAUUGUUAGUGGACCGAGAUGAGGAAGUGAAGAGUUUCCGAGUGUUGCAGGCUCAUGGCUGUGCACCUCAGCUCUACUGCACCUUCAACAAUGGACUGUGCUAUGAAUUUAUACAGGGAGAAGCAUUGGAUACAAAGCAUGUCUGCAACCCUGCUAUUUUCAAGCUAAUAGCACGUCAGCUUGCUAAAAUUCAUGCUAUCCAUGCACAUAAUGGCUGGAUUCCCAAAUCUAACCUAUGGCUGAAGAUGGGAAAAUAUUUCUCUCUUAUUCCCACAGGAUUUACAGAUGAAGCCACCAAUAAAAGGUUUCUAAGUGAUAUCCCAAGCUCUCAGAUUCUUCAGGAAGAGAUGACUUGGAUGAAGGAGAGUCUUUCCAACCUGGGCUCACCUGUUGUGCUUUGCCAUAAUGACCUAUUGUGUAAGAAUAUAAUCUACAAUGAGAAACAAGGUGAUGUACAGUUCAUUGAUUAUGAAUAUUCUGGAUACAACUACCUGGCAUAUGAUAUUGGAAAUCAUUUCAAUGAAUUUGCAGGUGUGAGUGAUGUAGACUACAGUCUCUAUCCAGAUAGAGUGCUACAGGGCCAGUGGCUGCGUUCUUACCUUGAAGCUUACAAAGAAUAUAAGGGCUUUGGAAAUGAAGUUUCUGAAAAGGAGGUAGAAGUACUCUUCAUUCAAGUCAACCAGUUUGCAUUGGCUUCUCAUUUCUUUUGGGGAUUGUGGGCUUUGAUUCAAGCCAAAUACUCCACUAUUGAGUUUGAUUUCCUUGGGUAUGCAAUUGUUCGUUUUAACCAAUACUUUAAAAUGAAGCCUGAGGUUACUGCAUUAAAAGUGCCUGAGUAAAGAAGAGAUUUAAUUAUUCUCAAGUAGCUGAACAAUGCUUGUAAAUCUUUUCUUAAGAAAUCCAAAAAGCCAAUAUUUGUUAAAAUUCUGUUAUUUAAUUUGGUUAUCUUGCUUUACGAAUUAUGCCUCUAAACAAUCUAUUUUUUAAAUAGGCUGAAUGAUGUCAAGAAUAUACCUACAGCUAUCAGUAUGUGGUGGAUUAGAAAUUUGUUAAAUCUGCAAAAAGGUAUAAGGAUGCCAGUUUAAUCCUUUCUUUGAUAAUUUAAUCUGUGUUAUAUGUGAAUUAUUUAUUAUGAAUUUAACAUGUUCCUGUGAAUGCGUUCAUCUGUUUUCAUUAGUCUGUUGAGUGUAAACAAUGAGAAUAUUGCAGAGAAAGUUUGUUUCACUUUAAUAAGAUUAAUUUUAGUAAAAUUCUAGAUACAGUGUAACCUUUUUAUUUUCAUGCACUGUAAGUAAAAUGAAUCAUUUACUCUUGAAAUGCCAGGCACUGGUAUAGAUAACUUAGGAUAUUCAUAGAAAAAUACCUGUUUAGGAGGGUGAAAUACGUUCACCAUUUAUGCUAGUGGUACAUCUUUUUGAACUGAGUAUUGAAAAGGUUUCUUUUUAGGGAAUAUACUUAGAAUUAAAAUCCCCCUCCCUACAUAGUCUGGCAUAUAAAUAUUAAUAUUUACCAUAUAAUCCUGGAAUAGAUAUGAUUUCAUGUUACCAACAUUUGCAUUAAAUAAUAUUUUCAUAUACUAAA